AUGGCGUCCUCCAUGGCGAAGCCCGCAACCGGCUCCGGCCCCGCCCACUCCAUGGGCUCUUGCUGCUGCUUCCCCACCUCUUUUCCUCCGGCUACGGCGAGUCCGGAGCUUCUUCGCCGCUCCAGCGCCUCCACCGCUUCCUCUCCUCGCCGCUCCAGCGCCCCGCCACCGCCGCGCCGCCGAGGAGCGUCGGGCUACCGCGGCAUCCGCCAGCGCCCCAACGGCUGGUACUCUGCCGAGAUUCGGUCCGGCGACGUCGGGCUCAGCCUCGGUACAUUCCAGACCUCACACGAGGCCGCACGCGCCUACGACGCGGCGGUGUGGCGCCUGGACAGGCCGCGCCAGCAGAUGAACUUCCAGGAUGUCCACACGCGCCAGCAGGCGCAGGACGUCGCCCCUCCGCCUCGUCUUAUCACGGACCAGGACCGUGCGGAGCACGCUCGGCGCCAGCGCCGCCUCCUCUUCGCCGAGGAGGACGAGCGGGCCAUGGCGGAGUGGCGCCGGCGCCAUCCGGAGGACGUCGCCAACGAGGAAGCCUUCUGA